AUGCCCUCCGCUCGCUCCACAGAGAUGAAGAUCGGUCCAUCGCAGCACGCCAACUAUAAGACAACCAAAACGGCACCAGAAGAUGCGCGCGGGUGCGCCAACGCCAACCUUUCGAGCGAACAAGAGUCAUAUCACGUGCCACUGGCUCCUCGAUUCACUCCUUGGUUCGUAUCAUUGGUGCGAGCGCAGCGCGGACCCACUCCACGGGACACGAGUCCCGCGGUACUUCUUGGGCUGCUCCAUCGACUCACCUUUGACUACGUGCCAACGACAACAAACUUCGCGGCACUGAUCGGGGGUCAUACAGACAAGAGCGCAACCGCAAUGGCAACCAAGGAAGACCCGCCGCAGACCUCGAGUCAGCCGAUCUUCUUCAGAUUGCCCCCUGAAUUGCGGAAUCGCAUCUACGAAGAAGCAUUCGACACCACAGUCACUCGCACUCCGCUCAACAGACGUCUUGACGCGAGCCAAGGAAACCAUGGCAUCGUCCUCGCUUGCAAGCAAACCUACAGCGAAGCAAUCGGACUCUACUACAGCUGCAACACGUUCAAGUUCUCAGGAGAGUCAGACGCCUUCUGGAUGAUGCAGCUCUGCGUCGAGUGGCUCGCCGGCAUGAAGAGACAGCACCGCGGCAUGAUCGAACGCAUCGAGCUCGACACGCUUUCGAUGGAUAUUGUGAAGGGACAAUAUCAAGAAGAGGCACUUAAGGAGGCUGGAAGAGCAACUCGUGAAGAGUGUCUAUCGAGCAAAAUCGCCGACACCGCCUUUCACAUGAUCGAAACUGUCCAUCGCCACUUCGUCAUGCGCAUCGGAGUGCUCGAAGCUUCGAUGAUGAAGCAGACUAAGCCCGGCAAUCUGAAGCUUCACGAGGUUGUUUACACCGGAGCUCCGAUCCAGGCUCUUGAGGAUCAUUGGAAGGUGGUCGAUCAGUGUGUGGAGGGGGUGUGUGCCCACGACCAGCAUUACUGCCGCCGCACUUCUGAACCACAUUGCGCAAAGUUCUGCACGAUCCCGAGCAGCUGA